AUGUUGUCGCCACAUACUUACCAGUUCCUGGUCGGCAUCUUUGCCUCCAUGGGCUCUGCCCUGUACGGUUAUGAUCUCGGUGUCAUCGCCGGCGUGGUGGGCAGCACACACUUCAAUGAGCUCUUCGCCCCGAACACGGCCCAAAGCGGCGCCGUCGUGUCGCUCUUCACGGGCGGUGCCUUCUUCGGCGCCGGCUUCGCGGGUCCCGCCGGCGAUCUCCUCGGGCGUCGGUGGACCAUCUUCCUCGGCGCUGUCAUCUUCAUCCUCGGUGGAGCCGUGCAGACGGCAGCUCAGUCGCUCAGCUACCUGUACGCCGGCCGCGCCUUCGCCGGCCUGGGCGUUGGCUUCCUGACCAUGAUCAUCCCCGUCUACCAGGGUGAGAUUGCCCACCCGUCGAUCCGCGGAAGAGUCACGGCGCUGCAGCAGUUCAUGUUGGGCAUCGGCGCUCUCAUGGCCGGAUGGAUCACCUGGGGAACGAACCACAACCUGUUGGACGACCGCCAGUGGCGCAUUCCCUUGGGCAUCCAGGUGGUGCCUGCCGUGAUCCUCGCCGCCCUGAUUCUCCUGUUCCCCGAGUCCCCUCGCUGGCUUAUCGACCACAACCAGGCCGAGAAGGGCCUGGCGACGUUGGCCAAGCUGCACUCUCACGGCGAUACCAGUGACCCCUGGGUGCAGGCCGAGUUUGCUCAGAUCCAGGAAGCCAUUUCCUUUGACCGCGAGCACGAGGCCAAGAGCUACAAGGAGCUCUUCGUCCACCGAUCCUCGUUCCGGCGGCUCUUCCUGGCCUGCGCCCUGCAGGCGUCCGUCCAGAUGACAGGCGUGUCGGCGAUCCAGUACUUCUCGGUCAACAUCUUCAAGCAGAUCGGCAUCAGCACGGACGAGGCGCUCAAGUACCAGGCCAUCAACAGUAUCCUGGCGCUCCUGGCCCAGGCCGCCUGUAUCAUGACCAUCGACCGCUUCGGGCGCCGCUGGCCGCUGAUCAUCGGCAACCUGGUCAACUGCCUCAUGUUCCUAAUCGCCGCGAUUCUGCUGGCCGUAUUCCCGCCGACCAACGGAAGCGGGUCGGGCAGCGCCGGCUGGGGCUUCAUCAUCGUGACGUGGCUGUACAACAUCUCGUUCAGCUACUCGUGUGGCCCGCUGUCGUGGAUCAUCCCGGCCGAGAUUUUCGACACGCACACGCGGUCCAAGGGCGUGUCGAUCGCGACCAUGACGUCGUUCGCCUUCAACACCAUGAUCGGGCAGGUGACGGACAUUGCCAUUGCCAACAUCGGCGGCUGGCGCUACUUCAUCCUCUUCAUCGUCUGCAACUUCACCAACGCCGUCUUCUUCUGGCUCGUCCUCCCCGAGACGCGCCGCGUGCCCCUCGAGGAGAUGAACUACCUGUUCACCAACGCGCCCUGGAUCGUGCCGGGCUCCGACCGGAGCACGUACUCGGCGGAUUUGGCGGCCGACCUCGAAAGACGCGCCGAGGAAGUCAGGGAGAAGGGUGCGCUGGAGGUACACCACAAUUGA